AAUUUUUAUAAAGAUUAUAAGCAGCGUCACCAGUCUGCCCUACUUUUGACAGUUCCGUAAAAACAAUAUUUUUACUGUGACAAAAAAACGCAUUGAAAAUCACUUUUGGCAACACGUUUUUACUACCUUUUUGUGUCAGUUUUAAAAACCGCAUUUCUGAUUACCACCAUGUUCAGAUUUUGCAUGUUAUCAUGACUGACUAUUGAAUAGAAGAUUUUUAUAAAAAUCUUUGGACAGAGCGUCCUAAUUCCACUGGACCUUGGUUUAUACUGUGUGACCAUACAUAUAUAUCUGAAUAUCACCAUGUAUGACAGACAUUUGAAAACCCAGAGCUAUCGGACGUUUAAGACCGUCUGAAACAAGCAAAAAGGAAACACUUUGGAACAGCGGAGAGCAAUUCCUUGCUCUGGUUCCCACCUGCACCUGCAAUAGUUACUCAUGUUUCCACAAUGCCUUUUAUUUACUUCAGACACAUUGAGGUACAGUAACACGCGUACGGUGCUUUUCCCUGUAUUUUUAGAUUCCAAUUAUGUAACUGUGCCGCUUGCAUAACCGCACCGCCGAUAAAUGUGGGAUUUGUCUAUGGAUCAACACAGAGCAGCUACUGUCAGCCCGUUACCGAGUCUCCCCCGAGCCGCCCCGCUUGGAGCGCGGAGAUAAGGUGGGUGCCCGAUGUGUCAGUGCGACGGACGCCCUUUCCCGCCUGGCCGGGAACGUUUUCCCUAAGGGUUGCAUUCAUCGCAUGAGAUAAUGUCACCACAGAAACCAGGUCUCAGGCGGCCUCCCUGAGCCACACACGGCGGAAAUCCUCCCAGCUGCCACAUGUCGCCCGGUCUGGGGGUGUUUCCCAGGUCUGUCCCGCCUGCUGGGGAUCUCCCAGCCCGGCGGGGUCCCGCUCCCCCUUCCCGGGGCUUUAGCCACCCGCGGGCAGCCGGUGCCGCGUCCCCUUUGUGCUUUUUCCACCCAAACGCCCCCGCGGGAAGGGCCCCGCACAAAGCGGCGGGUCUGCCCGCCUGCCGCCGCUCCAGCCGUCCCUCGCCCCGCCGGAGAGCGGCCCCGGGGGCUCUGCACUGCCCGGCCCGGCCCCGGCCGCAUCAAUCAUUAACGGCGGGUCGGGUGUCCAGCGCCUCCUUCCCCGGGAAACCCUACCCGGGGCGGCGGGGGCGUCUCUCCCCGCUCCCCGGGAGCGCUGGAUGCGCCGCCGGUUUCCAGUUACCGCGAUGCCGGGCGGCGGGGCGGGAGGAGCCGCGGCGAUGCCGCCAGUGCCCCUGCUGCAAUGAGUGAUGCUGCCGGGGGCGGGGGCGGCGGAGGAGGAGGAGGAGGAGGAGAAGAAGCGCAGAGCCACCGCUGCUCCUCCGCUGGCGGCUGCAGGAGCGGCGGCUCUACCUCGCCCGGGCGGCGGGGCGCGGCGGCGGGCGGUGGGCCGGGGGCGGCCGGGGCCGGCAGCAUGCCGGCGGGCGAGGGGGACAAGGAGGAGCCGGCGCCGCCUCCUCGCCCUGCCGCCCUGCUGCGGUGGGACGAGGUGCCCGAGGACUUCGUGGAGUGCUUCAUCCUCUCGGGCUACCGGCGGCUGCACUGCUCGGCACAGGAGUGCCUGGCCUCGGUGCUGCAGCCCACCAACGAGACCCUCAACUUCUGGACCCACUUCAUCCCGCUGCUGCUCUUCCUCAGCCGCUUCGGGCGGCUGCUGCUGCUGCGGGGCGCCGGGGACGUGCCCUUCCACCACCCGGCCCUGCUGCCCCUCUGGUGCUACGCCUCGGGGGUGCUGCUCACCUUUGCCAUGAGCUGCACGGCCCAUCUCUUCAGCUGCCUCUCCCCGCGCCUCCGCGCCGCCUUCUUCUACCUGGACUACGCCUCCAUCAGCUACUACGGCUUUGCCAGCACCGUGGCCUACUCCUACUACCUGCUGCCAGGGCUGAGCCUGCUAGACGCCAGCGCCAUGAGCCGCUACGUGCAGCAGCGGCUGGGCUGGCAGCUGGACUGCAGCCUGCCCAUCGCGGCCUACCGCGCCCUGGUGCUGCCCGUCGCCCUGGCGCUGGCCGUGGGCUGCACGGCCGCCUGCUGCCGCAGCCGCGCCGCCUGCUGCGCCUACCCCUUCGCCGUGCGCACCUUCGUCUUCGCCAUGCCGCUGAGCAUGGCCUGCCCCAUCAUGCUGGAGAGCCUCCUCUUUGACCUCCGCACCCGCAACCCCACGCUCUUUGUCUACUUCUACCGACGCUACUGCUGGCUGCUGGUGGCCGCCUUCUUCAAUGUCAGCAAAAUCCCUGAGCGGAUCCAGCCAGGGCUCUUCGACAUCGUGGGGCACAGCCACCAGCUAUUCCACAUCUUCACCUUCCUCAGCAUCUACGACCAGGUGCACUAUGUGGAAGACGGGCUGGCCGAGUUCCUCAAGGCACCCCUGGCCGCCCCCACCUACCUGGGCACUGUGGGGUAUAUGCUGCUCCUGGCACUCUGCCUGGCCGUGGUUGUCAGGAGGUUCCUCAACGUUGCAGACCUCUGCAAGCAGGACUAGCUAGGUCGGUGACCCUUGGGACAGCAACUACCAUACCAGUGGCCCUUGGGCCGGAGACCCUCGGGCCAGUGACCUUCAGACCAGCUCCACCAUGUCCUGAAGAUGCUGUGAAAUCUUGGGGAAACGCACCUGUGGAAAAGCCAGGUCCCUUUCAUGGAGAGUUGCCAGAGAAAAUGACCAUGGCGGAACUGCUCGUGUUCUUUAAACUACUAGGUUACCAGGGGAAGCAAGCAAACGCUUACUGGUAUGUUGCUGCUUAGAGUAUAAGCUGAAAUAAUCUAGCUCUGCUACUAGGAAGAAUGCAUGAACUGUGAAUGCCAGUUACUAAUUUCAUAACGAUUAGUUUUAAACUAGCUCUGUAUAUACAUAUAUAUUUAUAUAUAUAGCUAUAUAUUUAUUAGCUACAUAUAUAUGUGUGUAUAUAUAUACAUCUGAAGACACUUGUGCAAUGAUUACUCAUAGACUUUUAAUCAACUCCUGUGUGAGAUUUCCUAGCAGAUUAUGCACUGACAUUUAUCUUCCUCUGUGAUACUGUAACAGGCCUUUGUGGCCACAUACUGGAUUUUAAAUGCAAACAAAUCGAUAGCUAUCCAUAGUUUUUAAGGUCUUGCAGCCUUUUCAGCCAGGGAACAAUAGAUUUAACAGAGGGAGGAAAAACAGCUGUGAAUUAUUAUGGAAUUACCAGUUGAUGGAGAGACUUUAAUUAGACAGGCAGUGAGUGGUUGGUGUAAGCACUCGGAUACUAAAAUAAAAUAGAGGGAUAUGUAAAAUAACUGAACCAGAAAGGGGUCAAACUGGUUUGGAGCAGGGGCGGGGGGAGAAGGGGAGUACUGCAUAAUGGCACGGCUCUUCCCCCAGCACUCAGGAACAUCUGUUGUUUUAAGCGGGUUGCUAAGGGGCCCCUUUAUCUUCCCUGGUAAAUCACCCCCAAAUCAGCCCUUUAGAGUCAAAGUCAGAUGCCAGGCUUUCUAUAAGCCCCUGCCAAGCUCGAUGGGAGUUCUGUGUAUGUAAAGAGAAUAACUGAUGCAUGUGAUCUCAUUCUGGAUCUUUUAAAGAAUUACAUAGAACUGGUUUCUUCUGCUCUUUAAUUAGAGCACUCUGUCGGAUUCACCAUCCUAAGAUUAGUUGCAGAAUAAGGUACUGCUGAAUCUGGGUUCCGGACCUAAAACCUGGCUCUACAAGUACUGGAUACUGGCACUUUUGCAUCAUUCCCCACCUUUUCCUAUUUUGAUUAACUGCAGCUGGGUGUUUUGAAGUCCUUUUUCAGAGCUUUGGGGGAGCUCAAAGACAAGAAUUAUGAGACAUCUUCCAAAGCAGUACCUUUUCACAGCAACCCAGGAAUUAUCCUUCUCACAUGACAAACAGCUAACUAUAGCUUGAACUUGUUCUCUGUAGAAAGACAUUUUUGUAAACUAUGUACAGAUUUUAAACAGAUGCAUUUUGAUUUUUGUCUGACAGAACAAGUAUGCAAUAAUAUUACACAAAGGGGUUACAAUUUGAAGUUCAGGUGAGAAACUGCUUGUAUACCCCAUUUGCAAAACGAAGGGUGGUACUUCCUUAGGAGAUGCUGGUGUCAUGCUGCACAACAGCGUAGUGGUUCUUUAACUCAGUCUCUUUGCCCCUGUUGUGGAAAUACAUUUCUGCUUGGAUCUUUCCCAUUUUGAUGGACAUGGCAUCCGAACCCCAAGAGUCCAGCGCCACAGACUUCUGUAAGACAAAGCCCCCUUUGUUUAUUAUGGGAAUAUAGGAAGGACUACAGCUAGGGAUUGUGAGGUCAAAUCCUUAAUACAGGUCAGAACCAUCACAGAAACCAAUAAUUGAUAUGUCCUGUACCAAUGUCAGCUUUGUGAAAAUUUUCCAAUGAAAGUGCAUAAGCUAAAAGAAAAUGACACCCACUUCAUUUUAUCUUUUACCUCAAUCCAUUUUAAAUACAAUGGUUUGGAUCUUUUAGAUUCUUAGUGAAUGAUGAGAAUGGUCUAACAAAAAUAUAUCCUCUCUGCCAGCCACAAUUCUGCUGGUGUAUAAUUUGUGGUAGGGUCACUUGUGGUGUCUUGAGAUUGGCUAGAGUUUUCUGAAACAGCAGUUCCCAAACCGUGGCCUCUUGAGUUAUCACUGAUGGACCAUAAUAACCAGCAUGGCCCUGUGUGGCUGUCUGUGCUGUUUUCAUUUGCCAACCUGCAUUAAAAGAAAAUGAAAACGACUUGAAGUAUUUUUAAUUUUACAUAUUUUCACUAACUUUUGUCAUAAAUAUGGCAUUGCUUUAUUCAACUGCCAAUAAAACAGAAAACGAUCUGCACCACUGGGAGAGGAGGCUGGUUCACAAUACUGUUAUGCUUUGAAACGUGCUUUAUAUUGUGGAAAACCCCCUGGAAACUCACAGUAGAAAGCAAAUGGCUCAAGACCUGCAACGAUGUCACCCUAUGAAUUUCCACAACUGCAAAAAGAGGCCAAAAUCUUUGAGAUGUGCUGUAUUCAAGUUAAAAUAAUAGAGACGUGGUACUUAGAGCCCAAUGACUCAUCCAAGUUUCAGAACUAAUUAUGUAGAAGGGGUUUGCCUGGGAGAUGCCACUAGCGUGUCCAACCAGCAAUUAAAAACUAAGAAAGAAAUCAAAAAGGCCAGGGACAGCAAAUCUCAGCGCUAGAAGACAGCUCAGAAACAAGCAACAGUAAAAGCCAAAUGUUAAAAAAGGCUUUUCAAGCAUACUGUAUAAUGAAUUAUAUUUGUGCUUGUCAGUCACAAUGCAGAGGGCAUCUCAAGAGGCAAUGACAAAAAAGGCUGUUGCUAACUUGUAAAAAUACAUUUGAUAUUUGCAGUUGGGCCACACAGGGUCGUCUAUAUAUAUCUCAACGACAGAUAACAGUAUAAAGGUUGGAUUGCAACCAACUGCAAUUUUACUGGAAUCUUACAGCUGUUACCAGAGUUGCCUGUGAGCCUCAGUCACGCUGCGGAUUUGGUACCUGGCCCUGAUAUUAAGGAAUUUGCUUCAUUUAAAAGUUUCUAUUGGCAAAAUGUUGAGGCACGUGUAUGGGCCUGAGCACCUCAUGGAAUUAUUUGUUUAUGCUGGUUGCAAGUACUGCUCUCUGAGCCAAUGUAAGCAGGCUGUAUGAAUCAGGAGUGAAUGGGUACAGGGAGAUGUGAUUAGAUUUUAAGAGUUCUAAUUAAUGUACAUUUGUCUGUUUGCUUGUUUAAAAUGUGGCUACAAAUUAAAAAGUUACAGUAAGUGUGGAGAAUAUCUAGGGAAACGCUACCUGAGUGUCUGUGUUUAUUCAGUGAAGGACAUGUUAUGUAGAUAAUUGCUCCAUUUGCCAUGUCCAAUAGCCAGUCUCCAUAAAUAUGGACAGAACAAAACUGAGUUAAAGAGGUUAAAAGUGGAACAAGAUAUCUAUAAUUAUAAUGCUUGAAUUUGCUCAUGUAGAAGUCAAUGUCAGCGUUUGUGUGGCUUGUAAGGGCGUGGGAUCUCUUUUUGGUGUGAAAGCACACAUGGCUGAACAUCAUAGGUGUGUCCAGAGCGUAGACAGGAGGUGUAACCUGCAGACUAGAUGCAUAAGGACAUCCUAGAAAACAAACUCUUUUGCAUAAGUACAUGUCAUAAUGUUUUUAUUGCCUGAGUACCUGCCAUAAGGUCUACACUGUGGAUUCCACAGCUCAUCUUUAAAACCAAAAAGGCUUUUCAGGCCUUCUGUGGUAGAAUCUGUGUGGGGGAUGGAAGAUGAGGUGAUGGCCUGAAAAUGCCUAUGUGUCUUUCUGUGUUUGGCCAACACUGACCUUCAGACUGACAUACCUGUGCCAAUGAGAACUGAUUGUUGAUGGGGCCAGUUCCUGGAGCGUUGGUGGCACGGACAGCGCCCCCCCACCUUGCAAUCAGCAUGUGCCUAGAACUGCAGUCUACACGUUGGCAUAUAUUCAAUAAGCCUAGCUUCUGGGCACUUCUGAGUAACCUGUAAGCUUUAAGCUCAUCUUUGUGUAAGAUUGAUAUACCUGGUCUGUAGUAAUUCACCCGUACUCUGUGGCUAUACACCACUACUUCUUCUGCAGUGUAUUCAUUUGAAUGUCACUAUCCAGGACAUCUGUACAGCUCUGAGCUGCUUCAGUAGCAAGACUGGAGUCUGCAGUCUGGAAACAAAGGGAAAGGUUUCAUCUGCAUGCUGCACUUGUAGAAAUUUAGGAGUUAAAAGUAGAGACUCAUUGUUUUUUGCUAAAAUGAUAGUUUUGCUUAGUUGUCCAAGUGUUGUGCUUAUUAUUUAUUUGCUGAAUCCAGCUAUGUUGGGUUUUUGUCAACAGUGCACCUGCAAAAAAUGACAGUAUGAAAGUUUUACUUCAUGUUUAAUUAAGCUCUCUGAGGCGGCACAUUCAUAAAGUAUUAUUGCACUUAACUCAGUUGGUUACCAUCCACAUGCCUUACAGAAGCAAAUCAUACCUGUAAUAAUUGCCCAGCUUAUGCUGUUUUUCAUUGCCUAUGAGAGUAAAAAUGACCAAGUGGCCAGUAACAAGCUGAGGAGUCGGGCACUCCUGGGGUCUUGUCCCUGCUUUGCCACUACCUGUUCCGUAAUCUAGGGCAAGUUGUUUAAACUGUGUUCAUUUUGAAUGAAUUUAAUUCAUGUAGAACACUGGAAUUGUACCAGGGUUGAAUUUGACCCUCUGUUUCUCAGUUUCCACAUCUGUAAGAUGGGGACAAUAUACCUUACCUACCUCGCAGGGUUGCUCUGAAGACUAGCUAAUGUUUGUAAAGCACUUAAAAAUGCAAAGACCCUCCUAGGUGCUAAGAAGAAAUAUUACUGAACUCCGGCAGAGAGAAUGUUAUAUUUUUCCAUAGCUCCUCAUCUCACAGGGAGAUGAACAUGAACGUUUCUAGAUCAUGAACUCUUGGGAUAAACCCUCAUCGUUGCCAUACUCCUAGGACAUUCACAUCCUCUGUCCUUUGGAGCUGAUGGCAAAAUUUCCACUGGCUUCAGGUGAGGGGCAGUCAAGACCUAAGCAGUAGUAACAGGCUGACUAAACGCCUAAGGGUCAGGAGUAAAGAGAAAACAUACAUGAGUUAAGUACUCUUCAGAAAUUCUCACUGGUGACUUGUACCAAGGGGCAUUGUAAUGCUGACAUGAGGCCUCCUUGGUCAUUUAGCCAUGGAUUGUAUUCCAGUUACCGUGAAACAAUGGAGCAAGAUUUCCCAUCAGUGUCUGUAAGACUAUGAAUAUGUCUCAAUUGCCAUUGGGAAUUUCAACCUACUUCACGCUACUUCUUAUCAGAGUUAAAAAGAUGUUAACUGAACGAAACUUUUCAAUAGAUGUGUAAUCAUUUGGGAACAUUAUAUUGCUCAGACAAGCAGCUUUCUCUUUUCCCCUCCCAUUCCCCAAAACCAACAACAUGGAGCCAAGCCUAUUCUUGAGUGAAAACUGAACUUGGAUCUUCUUAUCACAUAUGCGUGCUCUUCCUUUGCCGUGGAGCCCUGACUAAUCAUCCUGCUAACCCACUCCACCCUUCUCAUGGAAGGACUGAUACAAACAGCACCACUGAGUAGAGGACAAGGUUUUUAAGAGCUUUUCUAACAGGCAGCAGUAGUGGAGACCAAAAAAAGAAAAAAAAAAGAAAAAAAAAGACAACAAAGACAUCAAAGGGUUUGAGUGGUUCAUUAAGUUAAAGCCUCUACAAUAAUAAAUAAAAUUCACCCUAUCCGACUAUCUUCCCAGCUUCUGUUAGACACCCGUAAGUCAGGGCUACACAACCGACACCCAAGUUACAGCUGAGACUUUACCCUCUUCUCCUCAGAUGAGAUGCAAGAUGCCGAGGAAGUGUCACAUGCACUGAGGACACAGACCUCCAUUCAAGACAGUUAGUGUCUUGGAGCUGGGUGUGGAAUAAAGUUAAAUUAUUUUCACAACUUGCUUAGACAGAUGCUGCUUCAUUCCACUGAAUUCAGUAAUAAAUUAAUGACCAAGACAAAGGAAGCAGGCUUUUGCUCAAAGUUCCCUGUUCUGCCACCAGCAGACUUCUACUUUCAGGGCAAUUGCUUCCUGGGCCAUACUCAGAGCAUGGAGGAUUCGGACAUAGGGCUUCGCUAUUUCAUGUGAACACCUUAGGAUUUGUGGCUGUAGCUGGAGGUUGAUAGUAUGGAGAAACAGUUUAUAGCAAGUCAAUUCUGUCUGCUAGAGAUUCAAGCACGCUUUAGUAAGAGGUAUCACAUUUAAGGGUCUGUGCAUGCAAUGAACAAAAAAAGUGUGAAUUUUGUUUUGUUCUGUUGGGAGGGUUUGAAAAUUUAUUCUUUGUACACUUUUGGAUGCUGACUACUGUAUAUGUAAUGACUAUGCAUUUUUAGCAAAAAAAAAGGUGUGAGCUAUAAAUAAAGUUGAUUCUGAGUACAUUUUUGCAGAAA